GGGUCACGGGAGUCCAGCAAGCGUCCAGGAAACAGCUCGUAGCUCAGGGACUCGGCCAAGAGAGGCGGGCUGCAGUUUGUUAUUUGGAAAAAGCUGACAAGCGAGCAGAGGCGGCAGGGAGGGGAGGGGAAAGAAAGGAAGAAAGAAAGAAAGAAAGAGGUGGCUGCUGCCUGACGUUGAGCUGGUCAGUGAAGGCCUCAUGCAGCUCCUGAGCAGCAGCUCAGUUCCAUUUUUAUCUGCCUGACGCACCUCGACGUUCAGCAGAGCUCAGCGGCAGCCCAGAGGGGAAGGGGGAAGAAAGAGAGGAGCUAGAGAGAGGAUCAGACUCACGGAGGAAGAGAGAGAACAGACAGAAUGAUGACCCAGGAACAGUGCACUCAUAGGAACAAUGUCCAGAGUUCAGAGAAACCACAAGUUUACAAAGUGGGAAUAUACGGCUGGAGGAAACGCUGCCUUUACUUCUUCGUCCUGCUGCUGAUGAUCCUGAUCCUGAUCAACUUGGCUCUAACUAUCUGGAUCCUAAAGGUCAUGAACUUCACCAUAGACGGCAUGGGCAACCUCAGAAUAACAGAGAAGGGCCUGAAACUGGAGGGGGACUCCGAGUUCCUCCAACCCCUCUAUGCCAAAGAAAUCCAGUCCAAACCAGGCCGCCCGCUGUUCCUGCAGUCGUCCAGAAACGUGUCGGUCAAUAUCGUCAACAGCAACAACCAGCUGCUCACGCAGCUCGUAACAGGAUCCAGUGGAUUUAAAGCACGAGGCAAGAUGUUUGAAGUCAAAUCCACCUCUGGGAAGCUGCUCUUCUCGGCCGACGAGCAGGAGGUGGUGGUGGGCGCCGAGAGGCUCCGAGUGAUGGGGGCCGAAGGAGCCGUGUUCAGCAAAUCGGUGGAGACGCCACACGUCAGGGCCGAGCCCUUCAAAGAGCUGCGGCUCGAGUCUCCCACUCGCUCCCUGCUGAUGGAGGCCCCGAAAGGCAUCCAGAUCCUGGCCGAGGCCGGAGACAUCCAGGCCAUCUGCAGGAACGAGCUGCGACUGGAGUCCAAAGACGGAGAGGUACGUCGACCGGGUCAAAGACUGAAACAAGAAAAU